AUGUUUGACCUGUCAUUCAAGAAGCGCUCUCAGGAUGGGAACUCGAACGACAUCGAGGCCCCCGUCGUCCCUGAGCGUGCGCCCAAACCCUUCCGGGAGGCUAUUUUGCCCGUCAUUGGUUCCGUCAACACUGUUCUCGCCCUGCAGUAUGGCGCGCUCUACAAGAACAACUCUGCCUCGCAGAAUGUCUCUUCCAUCGCGUUUGCGGGCACUGUCGUGGGCCAGCUUGCCUUCGGUUAUCUGUCAGAUGCCUGGUCCCGCAACAAUGCCCUUGUUCUCUCCACCAUCAUCUUGAUUGUCUUCACCAUUCUGGCCACUGGAUCAUACUACAAGGGAGAGCCUGACGGCAUGUUCGCCAUGCUUACUGCUUGGCGAUUCUUCGUCGGUAUUGGUAUUGGAGGUGAAUAUCCAGCUGGUAGUGUCGGUGCUGCCGAGUCCACUGGUGAUCUGAAGAAGGGUUCCCGCAACAGAUGGUUCAUUCUGUUUACCAACUCCAUGAUCGAUUGGGGCUUCGUCAUUGGCGCUUUCGUCCCUUACGUUGUUGCCGCUGCUGCUCACAACACGCACUACGGGACAAUCUGGAGAACCAGCUUAGGCAUUGGUGCGGUUUUUCCUAUCGUGCUUCUUGUUCUUCGUUUCAGACUCAAGGAGCCCGAGGAGUACAAGAAGGAGUCCAUGAAGAAGGAGACUCCUUACCGCCUUGUCUUCCAGUUCUACGGGUUCCGUCUCUUUUGCAUCAGCUUGAUCUGGUUCCUCUAUAACUUCUCAUCCUAUGCUUUCGGUAUCUACUCUUCCUCUAUCCUGAGCGGUAUCUACGGCGACGAUGCCCCCCUGACAACUAUUUUUGGCUGGAACACCGUCAUCAACUUGUUCUACAUUCCCGGUACUUUGAUUGGUGCUUUCGUCAGUGACUGGCUCGGUCCCAAGCACACUCUCGCCACUGGUGUUUUUGCACAGGCUAUUAUCGGCUUCAUCAUGGCCGGUGUCUAUGUUCACAUCACCAAAUCCAUCGCUGCUUUCGCCGUCGUCUUUGGAAUCUUCCAGUCCCUCGGCGAGUUCGGUCCUGGCAACAAUAUUGGUCUCCUUGCCUCCAAAACCUGCGCCACCGGCGUCCGAGGCCGCUACUACGGUAUCGCAGCUGCCACUGGCAAGAUCGGCGCCUUCGUCGGAACCUGGGUCUUCCCUUACAUCGUCAAGGCCGGAGGCGACAACGAGGUCACCUCGGCCCAGUACCCCUUCUGGGUCGCCUCCAGCCUGUGCGUUCUCUCCGCCGCCAUCUGCCUGUUCCUCGUCCCCUACGUUGGGCAGGACACCAUCGCCGAGGAGAAUGCCCGCUUCCGCGCUUUCCUCGAGAGCAAGGGCUGGGAUACCGCCCAGCUUGGAUACGAGUCGGAGGAGUCCAAGGCUGAGCCCGAGACUAUUACCGAGGUCCCUAACAAGGUGGUCCAGUAG